AUGAGUACUAUGAAAUUUUGCCGCGAAUGUAAUAACAUUCUAUACCCUAAGGAGGACAAGGAGCAGAAGAUCCUCCUAUACGCUUGCCGUAAUUGUGAACACCAGGAAGCGGCUGAUAACAGCUGUGUGUACAGAAACGAGGUUCAUCACUCUGUAAGUGAACGAACUCAGAUCCUAACCGACGUAGCUUCUGAUCCAACUCUUCCCCGAACCAAGGCCGUGCGUUGCGCCAAGUGUCAGCACGGAGAGGCUGUUUUCUUCCAGGCUACGGCUAGAGGCGAAGAAGGAAUGACACUCUUCUUUGUCUGCUGCAACCCGAAUUGUGGUCAUCGCUGGAGAGAAUAG